AUGCAGCAGACGCGCUAUGAAGUGAUCAACACUCCAACGCUUCUUGCCCCAUCGCCUCAGAUAGAGCCGAGCCCUGGCAGUUACGCCGAAUCAUUUAUUCUUGCCUCCCAAGCAGUCGACGCCGAACGCGCGGCGAACCAGGCGCGCCAGGCCGCUCUCCUCCGCAGCAUCCAGGAGAUGUCGCCCACCGUCCUAAGCCUCGCCAAGAACCUCGAGCGCUCGCACACGAGCACCAAAGCAGCCAGGAAGGAGCAGCGGUCCUCAGCGGCGCACGGCCUCGUCGCGCAGGGCGGGACUAGGGAGAACCGCAAGACGGGCUCCCAUCGCGAAUCAAUGCUCCGCAGAGUGCGCAAAGUAUUGGGGGCCGCCGGGAGUAAACGCCGCCAGGCAAAAGCGGCUACGCCUGCUGGGGAGGCCCUGGCUGCGCCUCGACGCCGCGCGCGUCUCCGUACGCUUUUCCAGUCGAUGAGCUUGUCGUAG